GUCUCUUCCCCCCCCAGCUCCCCGUCAGCUUUCCUUUUCGGGCUUAGGUUCUGGGGGUUUGCGGGAAGCGCUACGUCUGAAGCCCUGGUGGGUUCGUGGGAGGCAGUAAGCCCGGUUCUCCAAGCCCCUUGCCGUUCUCUCGGGACUUACACCUGCUUCCCCGCCUCGCAGGGCCUGGGACGCGAGGAGAAGGAAGGCGGGGGACGUUGGGGGAGGGGAGGAAAGACCAGAAAGUCCAGUCCAGGGGAGGAGGGGUGGAGCACGUGGGAGAGAAUUCCCGCGUAGGACAGGCGGGAGCGAGCACGUGGGGCCCACGUCGGGAGUGGUGGAGCAGAAAUGAAGAAGAGAAGCUCAUACAGCAGGGAGAAAUAUGGGAGAAACAGUUACCGGCAGAACAGUGCGUGUCGCUGGAACAGAAGGCGAAGUUCUAAUGAAAGAUAUGGAGCAGAGACAUCUCAUAGUCCUCAGAGUUCUGACAGCAAUACUAGAGGUUUUUCAUCAGCUUCCAGCUCAAAUGAAAGCUCUUCAGUGCCAGAACUGCCAGGAUUUUACUUUGAUCCUGAAAAGAAUCGUUAUUUCCGUUUGCUUCCUGGACAUAACAACUGCAACCCCCUCACAAGGGAGAUCAUCCAGUACAAGGAGAGGGAGAGCAGAAGACUGAAGCUUUUGGAGGAAGAGGAUAUGCAAAAAAAGAAAACAACCAGAAUUGGAUUGAAUCCAUUACCCUUGUUGAAUAAGAGGCAGUUGGGUUUACUCUACUGUACCAAUUAUUGCCGAUUAGUCCACGAGUUACGUGUAAACUGCAUGCAGAGAAAGAAGGUGGAAAUUCAGAGCCCUGAUUCCUCUGUUGGAACUGAUCCCUUUAAACUCAUAGUGGCUGACACUGCCCGAGAGAGAGUAUUCACAGUCAAUGAUGUGGAGCAUGGAGGCUGCAAGUAUGGCAUCAUCAGCCUUAGUGGUUUAGGAACCAAGGCUCUCACUGUGGAAAUGUAUGACAACCUCUACUUUACCAACCGCAAGGUAAAUUCGGUAUGCUGGGCCUCACUGACUCAUCCAGAUUCCCAUGUUUUGCUGUGUCUCAUGGGCAUUGCAGAGACUCCAGGCUGUGCCAGUUUACUUCCUGCCUCCUUGUUCAGCAACACCAGGCCAGCAGGAGACCAGCCUGGUAUGCUUUGCAGUUUUAAGAUCUCCACUGCCUGGUCUUGUGCAUGGUGCCUGAAUGCUCAGGCUAAUAAUUGCUUCAGUACAGGCUUGUCAAGAAGAGUCCUUGUAACCAAUGCAGUGACUGGUCAUCGGCAGACAUUUGGGACCAACAGUGAUGUACUGGCACAACAGUUUGCCAUCCAGGCCCCUGUACUGUUCAAUGGCUGCCGCUCUGGUGAGAUCUUCGCUAUCGAUUUGCGUCACCGAAGUCGUAAAGGCCAUGGCUGGAAAGCUGCCCGCUUAUUCCAUGACUCAGCUGUGACAUCUGUUCGGGUCCUACAAGAUGAGCAGCACCUGAUGGCAGCAGAUAUGUCUGGGAAGAUCAAGCUGUGGGACCUGAGAGCAAAUAAGUGUGUGAAACAAUAUGAGGGUCACAAUAAUGAAUAUGCCUACCUGCCCCUGCAUGUACAUGAGGAAGAAGGACUUGUGAUAGCAGUGGGGCAGGACUGCUAUACACGGAUAUGGAGCCUUUGUGAUACCCAUCUGCUCAGAACCAUCCCUUCCCCAUACCCAUCCUCUAAGGAAGACAUCCCCAGUGUGGUUUUCUCUUCCCAUCUUGGGGGCCCCCAUGGAGUGCCAGGAUUGCUCUUGGCUGUUCGACAGGAUCUCUACUGUUUUUCCUAUAAUUGAGUUUGCACUGGACCAGAGAAAGAAACAUAGUAGAUCCUAGCCUAAUGGAAUGGAGAUCUAACCAAGUAGAUUAAACAGAAACUCAUUAGUAGGUCUGAUGAUACUGAUAUUGUUGCCAUUCUUGCUAGGAUAUUUUCAAUGGGUGCUUUAAAUUUAUUCUUUUCUUCUUAGCUUCUUGGGUUUAGGUUAUAAGUCUUGCAUUAUGUGGGAAAGCUACGGAUGUGUUGUCUAAUUCGUGGGCUCAAGGAGUGUGCAAAUCCUUUUCAUAAAAGGUGCUCGUUUCCCUUCCCUUGGAAGAUUUCAUUCUGUUUUAAAAAGUAAACAAGACUUUCCAAGCACUGAAAGGAUUGAUUGAAGGUUUUUCCUUCUUAUUGAUCAGAAACCUUUCCUUGAACCUAAUGAACGAGUUAGAAGUUAAUCUGUGUCUGGGUCCCAAGGUAUGUGCACAUGCCUUAUCACGACAACCACAAUGAUAUUUCUACAGACAUUUUAAGUAAACAAGACUUGAAGAGAGUCAAAGAUAGUCCUCUUAUAGUCUCUAAAGAAUACGAUGUGGCAUUAUGGGAUAGGUAACAGUUUAGACUUCUUGAUUACACAUUAUAUAAGUGUCUGAGAUAUUUGUUCCGCUAUCUUUCAUGAGCUUUGGAAAGGAAAAAAAUUUUUUUUAAUUAUGACUGGCUUUAAAGUUUCCUUCUUUUGUUAACUGAGCAAUAAAUAUAGCAACAUACAACUAUUUACAGUGCUUAAAAUAAAUGGGAAGUAUUUUUAAGCCAGCAAGUUUCAUAAAUUCUUUUGCUACUGAAAAAUAAAAAUAUAUCUUUGCCGUUA